AUGUGCUGGUACAAGGGUGUUAGAAACAAGUGGCAAGAAAAUCUACAGUUAGUUUUUGUGGUAAUUGGUAGUAGUAGUAGUAGUAGUAGUAGUAGUAGUAGUAGUAGUAGUAGUAGUAGUAGUAGUAGUAGUAGUAGUAGUAGUAGUAGUAGUAGUAGUAGUAGUAGUAGUAGUAGUAGUAGUAGUAGUAGUAGUAGUAGUAGUAGUAGUAGUAGUAGUAGUAGUAGUAGUAGUAGUAGUAGUAGUAGUAGUAGUAGUAGUAGUAGUAGUAGUAGUAGUAGUAGUAGUAGUAGUAGUAGUAGUAGUAGUAGUAGUAGUAGUAGUAGUAGUAGUAGUAGUAGUAGUAGUAGUAGUAGUAGUAGUAGUAGUAGUAGUAGUAGUAGUAGUAGUAGUAGUAGUAGUAGUAGUAGUAGUAGUAGUAGUAGUAGUAGUAGUAGUAGUAGUAGUAGUAGUAGUAGUAGUAGUAGUAGUAGUAGUAGUAGUAGUAGUAGUAGUAGUAGUAGUAGUAGUAGUAGUAGUAGUAGUAGUAGUAGUAGUAGUAGUAGUAGUAGUAGUAGUAGUAGUAGUAGUAGUAGUAGUAGUAGUAGUAGUAGUAGUAGUAGUAGUAGUAGUAGUAGUAGUAGUAGUAGUAGUAGUAGUAGUAGUAGUAGUAGUAGUAGUAGUAGUAGUAGUAGUAGUAGUAGUAGUAGUAGUAGUAGUAGUAGUAGUAGUAGUAGUAGUAGUAGUAGUAGUAGUAGUAGUAGUAGUAGUAGUAGUAGUAGUAGUAGUAGUAGUAGUAGUAGUAGUAGUAGUAGUAGUAGUAGUAGUAGUAGUAGUAGUAGUAGUAGUAGUAGUAGUAGUAGUAGUAGUAGUAGUAGUAGUAGUAGUAGUAGUAGUAGUAGUAGUAGUAGUAGUAGUAGUAGUAGUAGUAGUAGUAGUAGUAGUAGUAGUAGUAGUAGUAGUAGUAGUAGUAGUAGUAGUAGUAGUAGUAGUAGUAGUAGUAGUAGUAGUAGUAGUAGUAGUAGUAGUAGUAGUAGUAGUAGUAGUAGUAGUAGUAGUAGUAGUAGUAGUAGUAGUAGUAGUAGUAGUAGUAGUAGUAGUAGUAGUAGUAGUAGUAGUAGUAGUAGUAGUAGUAGUAGUAGUAGUAGUAGUAGUAGUAGUAGUAGUAGUAGUAGUAGUAGUAGUAGUAGUAGUAGUAGUAGUAGUAGUAGUAGUAGUAGUAGUAGUAGUAGUAGUAGUAGUAGUAGUAGUAGUAGUAGUAGUAGUAGUAGUAGUAGUAGUAGUAGUAGUAGUAGUAGUAGUAGUAGUAGUAGUAGUAGUAGUAGUAGUAGUAGUAGUAGUAGUAGUAGUAGUAGUAGUAGUAGUUAG